CAUCCAAUGGAUAUAUGACGAUUUAUGAUGUUGUUAUAAAAACCAUGCUUCCACCCAUAACUCCAGCCCUUUCCCUUUGAACUGUAUCUUGUAUAUUCUGUUUCCUGGGAUUUUUAGGAUUUUUGCAGAUAAACCUGCCGCAGAAAAGAUUUAAUUUUAACCACAGCAGUUCACCCCUUAGGGACAGUCAGAUCGCAAUAUAAAGAGGCUUCUGCUUGAUUGGAAAACGAAGCUUCUCAUGACCAGGAUCUCUCCCUGAAUCUUCCAAUGAAAUGCUGAUUAAAAGGCAGCUUUGUUGACUUUAAUAAUUCCUACCUAGCCUCGAAAUCAAUUCGUCAAUUUCCCUUAGUGAGGGUUUUGCUUCGUUGAAUCACUUUUGCCAUUUUGGUGUCACCUUGGUUUUUUACUUCCUUGUUUAGACUCGUCAUUUAGAACAGAUUUCUGUGCCAAAGAUUGGUGAUCACUUUGAUCUAGUCAGUUACACCGUCUUUUUUGCUCUUUGUUGAAAUGAAUUUCUGUUGGCCUAAUAAUACUCGUUCCGUAUUAGGUAAUUGGCGAUGGGGGUUUACCUAGCUUUGCCAAAUUAAUCGAAACAUAUGCUCGUCGCCUAUUUAGCUUUUGAACAACAACAACAACAACAGCAACAACAGCAUAAAAAUAACAGUAUCGUUAAUAGCAUAUUUGGUAGGUUUCUUCGCUGAACAUACAGGAAAUUGACAGAAGUUUUGGCUAUCUCCAACAUGUUCUUUCAGAAGCACUGUAGACUGUCAUUCCCCCAUCACGAUAUUUUUUUCUCAUUCUGGAACAAAAUUGAUUUUUCAAUAGAGGCCACUGUGAUAAGGGUCGAUCAAAAGCACACGUUCUUUUUAUUUCAAUAAUUUCAAACGCAAAGUUAAGUUUGUAAAUAACACUUGGUCCCUAAACUUCGCCUAACCCAGUGAGUUUAUCUUGAAUAAAAUAUUAAGAGAUGUAACAUCAAAUAUUAAAGAAGAUGGUUUUAAUUUAUCGGAAUAUUAGCAAGCCGGUUAGACCAAAAGUAUUAUAUAAGAUUCACAACUGCAUCUCACUGCAUAUAAGAUUCAUUCCUUUGUUUUUGAGUAUGUUUCGACUAAAAAGUUGUUUGACUACAUUUUUUUUUCAAGUGACAUGUAAGUCUCGAUUUGAAACAACUCUAUUUCUCAAGUACCGCGUUUUUGUAUUCAAAACUUGCUUUCAAAAGCUCUUUGCUCUCCUCUAUUUUCUCGCAUUUUGCCUAACUGGAUGUUUUUCUUUUUAAAUAGCAUCAUUUCUUUUUUUAAGUCUGUGGAAUGACAAGUUAAAUAACUCUUUUGUGGAAAUUGAGCCUAUCUUCUUUUUCCUCGAAAUAGGUUCGCAAUAAUUUGUUACUUCUUAGAAAACUUUUGAUUAGCAUUUCCUUUUGAUGAAUGAAAGGUGAACUUUCUUUAGCCGGAUUGUUUGCAAAUUGAAGAAUUCCACUGCAAAUGGGACGCUAAGUAGAAGAAACGUUAUGAUUUGAAUGAGUGAAAUGCCUAAAAGGAGGGCAGCUUGUAUAAAGGACUUCCUGCCGAUUAAGCAGGGUAUACUGAUUCCCCAAAUAGGACUAGUCCUGCUGGGCACUUCAAUCUAAACCUGCCAAAGUCAUCCACAGUGCGUCUCGUUAAUCUUUUUAUUUGCAUACAGGUGCAGAGCACAUAAUGUUUUAUUGAUGAAGGCUCGAGAUUUGACGGAAUGUGCAUUCUUCUCUUUUCAUUGCAUUUAGAUAAUGUAAUCGCAAUCUAGCUCUGUUCACUUAUCACUUACCUUAAUAAUUCAUAUGCAUCUGAAUGAGCUAAAUGGAAAUACCCACCUAACCCACCACCUUGUUUGCUCUAAAGUACGUUGCCUUGGUGAGUACUGUACACAUAGAGAUGUUACUAAUGUUCGCAUACAAAUUCCAUGAUAACAACAUUCGAUUUCUGUAUAUAAACUGCGACAAUUUUACGUGUUCAGAGAUUUGUGUGAACUGACAGCUGAGAUUAGGAGCGGGUUGAAGUGCGUCUCGUCAAAGAAGUCUGGUUGAUUGUUGGAAUGAAACGCGUCAGUUGGUUGAUGGUCGAAAUCGGCUAAUGAACUCUUCGUAACAUAUUUGCACUGGUUUUGUUAUAUAUUCUACUUGUACUUUGUAAGUUCUUCUAUUCAUUAGUGCUUUGGUGAUAACUUUAUACGUUCAACAGAAGCAAAUUUCAAUGCGUAGCCUGUAGCAAAAGGUUAUUUGGCAAAAAGUGUAAGAUCCAUCCGAUUAUCCUUGUUAAUCGGUCAUUGGGAUCUGUGUUAUCAUCGUGAAAAUUUUAACUUUGCUUGGAGCCCAUAUUGCAGUUGGGUAACACACCUAUAUUCCAUAAUGGGCAGCAAUAACAACGAUGAAGACUGGAAUGGAAGAAUCGAGUUUAUUAGGCGAAUUGCACCGGGAAAGGAACAAAUUGGUGACACAGACAACGAAGAAAAGGGUGUCUUGAAUUUCCAUGGUGAAUCAACAAAGCGUGUUGAUGAAGAUCAAGAUGAUGAUUCCGACCUUGAAACAGAUUUGGAAGAAGAGGAAAUAAUUGAAAGUGGAAAAACUACUCAGUGUCAACAAAGCCAACACUUGGAAAGUGUGUAUAGAAAGGCUUGUAGAAAGUUGAAGAUCAUCCCAUGCAGCCCGUUUAUACGUCACAUUUGUGACGAAGAGAUUGAUCUGAGUCAUUAUAACAUUGGUCCGCAUGGAGCCAAAGCCGUUGCUCGAACGUUGAAGGAAAACACGACCACAACCAUACUAUGUAUCCAUGACAACGGCAUCAGCAUAGAAGGAGCAAAGGCAUUCGCUGAGAUGCUAGCAGAUAAUUGCUUCAUUACUGUUGUCGAUUUCUCUAUGAACUUCAUCAAAGGAGAGGGUAUUUCGGCCAUAUCAAACGUACUCAUUGGCAAUAAUUAUAUUCUUGAACUUAGCUUAGCAUCUACAAGACUUAAUGAUGGAGAUUCUGUCUUGUUGGGUCGCGUUCUGAAGGAGAACUCCACUUUACGCUCUUUGGAUUUAAGCUCCAAUGAAAUUGGAGAAGAUGGAGGUAUCAAGCUUGCCGAGGGUAUAAAGGCUAAUAGGGGGAUUUUGUCUCUUAAUCUUAGUUGCAACCAUAUUCGAAGUAAAGGGGCUGCUGCAAUUGCUAAUUCCUUGGUUUCAAAUUAUACAAUGAAGACCCUAGACCUAAGCAGUAAUGGCUUUGCAGAUUUUGGUUCGCAUGCAAUAGGAAAUGCCCUUUUGAUAAACAGUACUUUAAGGGCAUUGGAUAUUUCACAGAACCGUAUCUCUGCAGAGGGUGCAUUCAGGCUUAGUAUUGGGCUAGAGCUAAACAUUGGUUUAAAGGUAUUAAAAAUCGGCGGGAAUCCGUUCCAGUCUCGCGGUGCUUCCAUGAUCAUUGACUCGCUGAUAACGAAUAAAGAAACAGCAAUUGAAGAGAUUUAUUUCGAUGACAUCAUUGUAUCGGCUGACUUUGACAAACAGCUUUCGCAGCUGUUUGAAGAAAGGGAAGGUGUAUAUAUCCAGUUUGGGGCAGUUAUCAAAGGGAAAGAGCACAAGAGGAGAGGCAAAGAGCAGAAGGACCUGAUUUCAAGGAUUCUCGACCAUAUCGAGCUUCGUGGAAUCCGUGUUGUUGAUUUUUUCCGCGCGAUGGAUAAAACUGGCCGCUUGAUGAUAACAAAGACGGAGCUAAUUAAGGGACUUAAAACUGCGGGAAUACCAAUGAGACGGUCUCAGGUGGACAAUCUGUUUGAACUAUUCGAUGUUGAUGGCAACGGGUUUGCUCAAUACAAGGAAUUCGUCGAGAUAAUCAGGAAGCGCACGCACGAAGAGUUCGCAGCGACUAGAAGCAACUAUCAAUGGAAUCAUUAG